AUGACAAAUACAAUUGGAGGAGAAUUACAACUUAUUGAAUGUCAACAUGAAGAAGCUUUGCGUUUAAUUGAACAAUAUGAAGGACAAGUUCCAAAAGAAUUUAUUCGAUCAAUUGAUUAUCUUGGUUCUAAUUCAUGUGUAUUUAUGCAAGGUUGUCGUACUGUUCAUGAAGUAACAGGUAUUGAAUCUUGUGCAGAACCUCGAAUUACUGUUGUUAAUUCUUAUAUGUCGUCGAAUCCAUUUGUUGUUGAUCAUACACGAUAUGAUACAUUUCGAAAAGAAAAAACAGGUGCAUUAGAAUUUGCAAUGCAUAAAAUGUGGCGCUCAUAUUCACAAAUACAUGAUCUUGAAUCGGGUAAACCAUCUUGA